CCUCCUCCUUCUCUUCUCUUCACUUGAUUCUAUUCUGCUCAGCAUGUCGGUCUUCAACAUCGACGAUAUAGAACAGGCUGUGCGCUCCAAGCUCGACAAAGCGACCUGGGACUUUUGGGCCGGCGGCGCGAACGAUCUUAUUACGAUUGCGGAGAACAAAGCCGCCUAUGAGGAAUAUCGCAUCAGACCACGAUACAUGAGAGACGUCACCAACGUCUCGACCGCUCCUAAAAAGCCUCUCUUUUCUGGAUUGGACUUUACUGUUCCUAUCGGCAUUGCACCGUCGUCUAUGCACAAGCUGGCGCAUCAUGAGGCCGAGGCUGCCACUGCUAGAGCCGCAAAGGCCCAUAACUGGCCGAUGGCGAUAUCGUCGUACUCUACUCUCUCGCUCGAAGACGCAAAGGAAGCAGCCGGAGACUCGCUCGUUUUCUUUCAGCUUUAUGUUUUUAAGAACCGAGAUACCUCGACCGACCUGGUUCGGCGCGCGGAGAAAGCGGGGUUCAAGGCGGUGCUAGUCACCAUUGACUCGCCGUUCCUGGGCCUGCGAUUUGCAGAGGCCAGAAACAAGUUCACCUUGCCGCCUGGUCUUGCGCCUGGGAACUUUGCCGAUGGAAGAUAUGCCGGGCCGAUUGACUUCGCCGUCGACAGCAAGAGCAAGAGCAAAGGACCGGGCAAGAACGACGCGCUCAAAGACGGCAAGCCUAAUAUAGUCGAUCCUGCGCUUGUGUUUGAGGACAUUAAAUGGCUCAAGAGUAUCACCAAAAUGCAGGUCUGGUUGAAGGGAGUGAUGACCGCUGAAGAUGCAGAAGCUGCUGUUGCCGCUGGUGCAGACGGUGUCUGGGUUUCCAACCAUGGCGGACGCCAGCUCGACCAGUGCUUACCGACCCUGCAUGCCUUACCUGAGGUAGUGGCAGCUGUCAAGGGUAAAAUUCCUGUCCAUGUCGAUGGCGGUGUUAGACGUGGGUCUGAUGUGUUUAAAGCGCUGGCGCUGGGUGCUGAUUUUGUUUGGAUCGGAAGGCCGGUGCUGUGGGGACUCAAGUAUGACGGACAAGCGGGUGUCGAGCUGGUCGAGCGGUUUUUGGAGGAUGAGCUCAAGCUGUGCAUGGCGCUGUCUGGAACCGCGUCGGUUAAGGAUAUAAACAAGUCUUAUUUGACUCAUAGAGGUCCAACCUGGGCCAGGCUAUAGUUAUAGACGACUUUUGAGGAUCUAAACAAUUACUUAUUGGAUAUAAUACACGAU